AUGAUAUUGUGGUAUACAAUUGUUGCGAUCGUCUUCUUUACGUCUAUACUCAUUGCGAAGAACACAAGAAAGACGAAGAAGAAUCUACCUCCUGGCCCACCAAGAUUUCCUAUAAUUGGCAACUUGCACCAAUUGGGAACCAAACCUCAUCGUUCCAUGUUCAAGUUAUCUGAAAAAUAUGGAUCUCUUAUGUCCCUCAAGUUUGGAAAUGUGUCUACCGUUGUGGCGUCAGCACCGGAGACAGUGAAAGAAGUCUUGAAAACCUUCGACAUUGAUUGUUGUUCACGACCUUACAUGACUUACGGUGCAAGACUUUCAUACAAUUUAAAGGAUCUUGGCUUCUCUCCCUAUAGCAACUAUUGGAAGGAAGUAAGAAAGCUGACAGUCGUUGAACUCUACACCGCGAAAAGGGUACAAUCUUUUCGACAUAUUAGAGAAGAAGAAGUUGCCUCCUUCGUGGAUUUCAUCAAGGAAUCUGCUUCGUUGGAGAACCCGGUUAACUUCAACCACAAGUUACUGAAAUUGUCAGCAAGUGUGAUUUGUAGGCUAGGGUUUGGUAUAAGUCUCAAAGGGAGUAAACUUGAGAAUACUUUUGAGGAAGUGGUUCAUGGAGUCAUGGAGGUUGUGGGGAGCUUCGCAGCGGCGGAUUACUUCCCGGUCAUUGGUGGAAUCAUCGAUAGGAUCACAGGUUUACAUGGCAAAUGUGAGAAGGUUUUCAAAGCAAUGGAUUCGUUUUUUGAUGAAGCUAUAAAGCAUCACCUAGAAGACGAGAGUAUUAAAGAUGAUAUCAUUGACUUGCUCCUCAAGAUGGAAAGGGGAGAGAUUGGACUUGGAGAGAUUCAGUUUACUCGAGACAACACCAAAGGAAUUCUUCUUAAUGUUCUUGUCGCUGGAAUAGACUCUUCUGCCGAAACUGUGACAUGGGUGAUGACACAUUUGAUUGCAAACCCAAGAGUUAUGAAGAAAGCACAAGCCGAGGUGAGAGAAGUGAUCCAAAACAAAGACCAUAUCACAGAAGUCGAUAUAGAACGACUUGAGUAUCUCAAAAUGGUGGUUAAAGAAGCGUUUAGGAUAAACCCCAUUGUGCCACUUCUAGUUCCAAGAGAAGCUAUAAAAGAUGUAAAGAUCGGAGGCUAUGCCAUUCCAAAGAAAACAUGGAUCUAUAUCAACAUAUGGGCUAUUCACAGGAAUCCAAACGUUUGGGAAAAUCCAGAAGCUUUCAUACCAGAGAGGUUUUUGGAUAAUGAGAUUGACUAUAAAGGUCUAAACUUUGAGUUGUUGCCGUUUGGUAGCGGAAGGAGAAUGUGCCCUGGCCUAGGAAUGGGUAUGGCUUUGGUGCACUUGACUCUUAUCAAUCUUCUUUACCGAUUCGACUGGAAGCUUCCUGAUGGAAUGGAGGCAGAAGAUGUUGAUCUUGAAGAAUCACAUGGACUUGCCUGUCCUAAGAAAGUUCCACUUCAACUUAUCCCGGUCCUUACCCAAUGGACUUAG